UAUUUACUCCCUUCUGCUCAUUCAAUUUACUUUUCUUAGGCAUGCUUUGUGCACAGACUAUUGGUCUGAGCUGUAUUUCUUGGGAUGUCAGUGGUCUGGAUGGAUGUACAGAUUGAAGACAUCAUUACGAGAAUGCAGGAUGACAAAACAGGUGGAGUUCCCAUUCGCACUGUCAAGAGCUUUCUGUCCAAAAUCCCCAGCGUCGUCACCGGUGCUGAUAUUGUGCAGUGGCUUAUGAAGAACCUCAGUAUCGAGGAUCCAGGGGAAGCAAUACACUUGGGAAGUCUUAUUGCUGCACAGGGUUAUGUCUUUCCAAUCUCAGACCAUGUUCUUACCCUGAAAGAUGAUGGGACGUUCUAUCGUUUUCAGGCACCAUAUUUUUGGCCUUCAAACUGCUGGGAACCUGAAAAUACAGAUUACGCAAUCUAUCUUUGCAAACGGACCAUGCAGAACAAAGCUAGGCUGGAGCUGGCAGAUUAUGAAGCCGAAAACUUAGCAAGACUUCAGAGAGCAUUUGCAAGAAAGUGGGAAUUCAUCUUCAUGCAAGCUGAGGCCCAAGUGAAAAUUGACAGGAAAAAGGAUAAAACAGAAAGAAAAAUCUUGGACAGCCAGGAAAGAGCAUUCUGGGAUGUGCACAGGCCUGUGCCAGGCUGUGUGAACACCACAGAAAUGGAUAUUAGAAAGUGUCGUCGUAUGAAAAAUCCACAGAAGGUGAAAAAGUCAGUAUAUGGGGUUACAGAGGAGUCUCAGCCCCAAAGCCCUGUACAUGUGCCCUCCCAACCUGUACGCAAAACUACAAAAGAGGAUUUCCGGAAACAAAUAACUUUUCUGAACAUGCAGAUAGAGAGACAUUGUUUAAAGAUGUCCAAAGUAGCAGAAAGUUUAAUAGCCUACACGGAGCAGUAUGUGGAAUACGACCCCUUUAUAACACCUGCUGAGCCUUCCAAUCCCUGGAUAAGUGAUGAUGCAGCAUUGUGGGACAUUGAAAUGAGCAAAGAACCUAGUCAGCAGCGUGUGAAAAGAUGGGGUUUCUCCAUGGAUGAGGUGCUGAAGGACCCAGUAGGACGAGACCAGUUCCUUCGUUUCCUGGAAUCAGAAUUCAGCUCCGAAAACCUGAGGUUUUGGUUGGCUGUCCAGGAUCUCAAGAAACAACCUCUGCAGGAUGUGGCCACCAGAGUGGAAGAAAUCUGGCAAGAAUUUCUAGCUCCUGGGGCUCAAAGUGCUAUCAACCUGGAUUCCCACAGCUAUGAGAAAACAAGCCAAAAUGUCAAAGACCCAGGGAGAUAUACAUAUGAAGAUGCACAGGAGCACAUUUACAAGCUGAUGAAGAGUGACAGCUAUGCGCGCUUCCUCCGUUCGAAUGCUUACCAGGAUUUAUUGCUGGCAAAGAAGAAGCCAGAGAAUGAGCAAGGUCGUAGAACUUCUCUAGAAAAGUUCACUCGCAGUGUGGGAAAGUCUCUGGCGAGCAAGCGUCUCACGGGCCUGAUGCAGUCCUCCUGACGGCUUCAGCCUACCACCCCACGGGAAGGACACUUGGGACCGCUGCUGGGGAUGGGGCAUUCCAGGGAGAACAGAUCCCUGCAGGGAAAGAGCCUGAGUGAGCACAAGCAGAGCCAUGCACCAGGGGAGCGCCUCUCGUCACAGUUUACAUCAACGCUUUCCUGCCUGCACAGGACACUGAGCUCUGUGCAGGUACUUUGUUUCUGACCAGGGUUUGGAGGAGCACACUUCACUGUACACAGAAGGUCAACAAGGCAAGGGCUUGCUGUCUUGUUAUUUAAGGGAACAGACCCAACCACAGCUUAGGGAAAGAAGAGUUGAGAGAGACAGGUACUUUUCCCUCAUCUCUUCUCUUCAUUGCACAAACAUGGCUGCAAUCUCACUUGCUCCCUUUCUUGCGGCCGUCUGGAUCCAAUAAAACAUCUGCUGAAAGCUGCUUCUCCUUCUCACAAAAUCUCAAAUUAACUUCUCCUGAAAAUUCAUUGACUUUAACUUUGUUUUUCUUUCGUAUAUUUCUCCUCCUUUAAAGCAACGGAAAAGAAAAAGGCACAUUUAAGUUCAUCACUCACUGUCCUUCCAAUAGCAUGUAGCAUGCCCAGAGAUGAUGGCCAGAUCCUCAGCUGAAGUCAAGAGAGCACAAGUGGUUUUCAUCACCUGAGGAUCUGCCCCAUUGAGUCAGACUGAUCCUGGUGCAAAUCCUCUGUCGGUGGAAUUGCUCUGCAUGUGUGCGUAGUACAAAUGUGGUCAGACUCUGCCUGAUGCUCAAAAAGUCAUGUUUUCAAUGUGUAAUGUGCACACACACACACACGCAUAGUAUUUAAAAGUGAGUUGUUUUAUACUGUAUUUGAUUUUUUAUUUAUUUAAUGUUUUACAUACUUAAAGAUGGAUGUUCAAGCUUUACUCUGAGUAGAUAAAAUUAGACUCCAACUCCAAUCACAGAGGGCUGAAAUCUGCUCACGUGUGUACAGGGAAAGGAAACUCUGAUGUGGGCAGGUGUUAAAAUUCACUCUGCAGUGAGAAGGGAAUUGGUGGAGAUGGCAUCAGCAGAAGCAGGGUGGGAACAGGCAGGGCACUGGGUGCCAGGUAGCCCUUCCUAAAAAGCAUCACAAUCAGCUGUGGUAUAAUGUUCAGGUAACUGAGUCCCCCGAGAAGCACCCUUGUAAGAGUGCACUUGUACCACUGGAGGAAAUGAACUUCCGCUAAAACUCAUCUGACCUACAGCCCAUGAAUACAACUGCAAGUGAUGACCCAGUAACUUGUUUCAAACUGUUGGGAGUAUGGAGGGUAGAAUGAGAACAGAUGUGAAGUGACUUUAAUUUAAAAAAAAAAAAACAUGUAUCCUAGCUGCAGAUAGGAAAAUGGACUGUAUUUACAUGCAGUGUAUUGCCUACAUAUGAACAUUUCAAGACUCAUCUGACUUAGUGACACAAAACCUCCUGUAAUUUGCAAGCAGUUAAGAUCCGAAGCGCAUGUGAAAACAGACAUUUUUUCUUGGUUGACAUUUCACUCAUGCCAAGGCAAAUUGGCUUUUUGUGCAGGUGGUAGAAAUUGCUAUAUGGCUACAAGUCUGCAUUCCUACCUAGGCAAAACCAUCUAGCUAAGUAGACAGCUGGCUAUUGGCAGUAUUAACUUCUGAAGCAAGUAUUAAUCUAAUAUCUUGGGCCUAUAUAUGCACAAAAUCAGGCCAGCAUAGUUUAUCAGAAGAAGGACCUUCCUUCUUUACCCAUAACAUUUCUUGUUUGAUACCUGUUUUGUUUUUUCCCCCCCGAAAAUUUCUACCUAAUAAAAUACCUAAGGUCCCUAGGACCCUCUACACCUGCAUGAAUGUACAGUAGAAUACUGAGUAUUGUAUUUGCUCUUUACAUACGCCUAUUCCCAUGAACACUGUUUUCUGAGGUCUUUAGACCAAAUUCAUCCUACACAUACAUGACACACAGUGAGCUCCAGGACUGCAGCACCAUCAUGGAUGUACCUGUACAUUCGUGUGGUGUCCUGCCUCCCUCCAAACUGUCACUUUGCAGGGCACAUUUGUCCUCUGUUACCCACCCAACCAAUGGGUCCCCUUGGGUAAUAGCAAGUCGGUGCAUAACAGGCUCAUUCAUGCGCAUUCAUAUGUGUCCCUGUACAUUGUCCCUAGGAAAAGGCAAAGGCUGGCUCUUCUCAGAGCCUUGUUGAUGUUAUCUGUGUCAAACCCAUCAUUGCUAUCCGUCACUGGAGCUCUGUAAACCAACAACUGCUCACACCACAAGCUAAUCUACUGCAAGUGCUGCCCAGCUUCUAAGCGGAGGCAUAUCCCAUGGGAGGUCUGGCCUACAAACCCUGAAACUGGUCUGCAGAGCAUUCCUGAGGGGGCUGUAUACAUAGAGCAAAGAACUCUGAUGUGUAGCAAGGAGCAGAGACAGUAAAGUUACCAGGGAGUCUCUUCUUUGCAGUGAGUUCCUGACAUUGGACAGGUCUCUGGGGGAAAGAUAUGGGGUAGCUCCAUGGAGUUACUCCUCAGUGUCCUGCAGCAUGAAGCACAUGUGUAGAGGGCUGGAGGAUCAUGCAGGUGCAUGGGACAGGUGGAAUUUGGGUUAUGGUCUGUGCGGGGAGCAGCAAUGUCAGACUAACUUGGAGCUGUGCCACUGCCCCAUGAGCAAAGGACCCUGCUUUGUCUUUCCUGCUCCAUUCCUGCAAGACAGUCAUGUUGGCUGCUGCAGUGUUUUGUCUGUUGGGAAUAUGCUGUGUUUGAACUGUUGAGUACAUGAAGGGAAUUCUUAUGGACAGAGAGCAUGCAUAUGGGCGUACAUCAUGGGGCCUGGAUGCUGAACAGCUUGCCAUUUAAAUGCACACUUGUGCAAGCUAAUCUGCUCAGUAAUGGCUAGCUGAGCGGACAGAGAUGCAUAUUCUCUGGAGAGAAGAAAGCUCUGCUCCUCAUUUCUCUAAAACAAGUAUGAGAGUAGACAAGACCUCCUCCUGGGAACACGAAUGAACUGCUUUUCACAUGUCCUUUACUUCACAUAUGAUGAUACCAACAUGUAACUACUUCCACUUGAGCUGCAUCCUUGAAUAAUUGCUUUCUAAUGACAUUGUUUUUUCCAAGCGAUGCUACUCUUGUACACCCACCAGUAUCCCACUGAGUGUUGCAAGCAGUAAUCUGCUGCUUUAUAAGAGUUCCAUGUCUUCCAACUACCUCAUUGUCCUGAAGAUGAGUUAGGAAAUCAGCUUUCCACUUCUAUGUUCGAAAUGGCAAAAUGGCAUUGUUUCAGGGAAAGGCAGUCUGGAAAGCUUUUACAAUGUCCGUGCUGUGCAAGCUAGCUACAAAGCUUCUGAUACUUAACAGGGCUAUGGCUGUGAAAUAUGGCUAUACACUGUUAUUUGGAUAAUAGAGUAUCCAGAGCAUUCAUGGCUAUUGUGGUGAAACAGCACCAGGACACACACUAGUAAGGUUCAACGAGCCUGUGCAGACAGCAUUAGGCUAAAGCAAAUGGAUUAAUGUACUCUCAGUAUAACUCAGCGCUAAGGUCCCAUAGAGUACUGUAAUAAAAUGGUAGCAGGGCAGCCAUAAAAAGUGGCAGUAAGCUGACAUAAUAAUACCAGGAUAAAUGUAGCAAUAAGGUAACACAGGCCACUGCAGUAAAGUAGCAUUUUGAUAGUGCAGCAAUAAGGCACAACAGGACGCUGCAGUAAAUUAGUUUGGGGAAUAAGGCAGUAAUAAUGGUGUGUGAGGACAAACGGAGGUACAUUUGUACCAGGUACUGCAGCAAUAAAGAUAACAUAAGGUGUCCCAGUAAUAAGUUACUACAGUAACAUGAUGCACUGUAAAGUUACAUUGGGAUGCUUCCAUACUGCAGUCAAAUCCUACAAGAUGUGGUAGUGAGACAAUGAAGACAAAAUAUGCCCCAUUUCAGACUGCAAAACAUGAGGCAGCUUUCUGCAUAGAAACCCAAAUUCUGUAAUGACCUCAGCAAUAACAAUCCUAUCACUCCCUGCUUUCAAGGAAGCUGAGGCAAGAGUGUGCUCCCAUCCACUCUGUUCUUGUGAUAUGAAAAUACAAAGUUGACUCAUUGUCUCUUCAGCCAAAUUGUCACAGACUGCGGGGAAGUUCUUUUAUUAGUCCUUACUCAGGUGAAAUCCUGGUGAGUCCUUUGCCUUGGGAAGGAUUUGGCUCUCUCAUCUUCUGGCAUGGGUGAUGCUUUUAGCAUACAAUUAUUUCUGUUUUGGGGUGGGAAGGGGAACCCAGGUACAGAACAUCUGACUGUACUGGCCUGUUUCUUGAAAUGCACAAAUAAACUGAGCAUCCUGGAAAAGUGAAAGCAAUAAGGACCAAAUCUGUUCUGUCAUGCAUGCAUGUGCACACGAAUAAUCCUGCUGGAAUUGGUGUGAGUCCUGGAUCCAUCUACAGGCAGGGCUUGGCUUAACCCAUUCUCAGUGUCUCCAGCUGAGUGACAGAAGCAUUGUGUCUUCUCAGGUUUUAUUUUUUUUGUAUGAUC